AUGAACUAUUUGUAUUAUUCAUUCGCCUUUUUAAAAAAUUAUUGUUUAUAUUUAGGUGAAAAACCAUUUGUUUGUGAAUUCGAAGGAUGUGAUCGUCGAUUUGCUAAUAGUUCCGAUAGAAAAAAGCAUAUGCAUGUACAUAUGAAUGAUAAACCAUAUUUUUGUCGAUUUAAAGGAUGUGAUAAAAGUUAUACACAUCCUAGUUCAUUACGUAAACAUUUACGUGUACAUUAUUUAUCACCGAAUGAUGCAUUAAAUCCAACAGACUAUGAUACACACUCGAACUCAAGUGAUACAAUCAAUAAUAAUAAUAAUAAUAAUAAUAAUAAUAAUAAUAAUAAUAAUAAUAAUAGUGACAAUAAUCAACUUAAUACAAAUGAUUCACGUACAUGUACACGUACUAAUAACAUGAAUAUGACAGAAGUUCUAACACGUGAGUCUCAUAAUUCUGUUAAUCCUACAAAUUAUUUUUAUCCUAUGAUGAAUCGAGAUAAUGUUGAUUGUUUACGUAAUAAUAAUUGUACUGGUAAUAGUACUACUACUAAUCACAAUAAUAAUAAUAACAAUUGUACUAGUACACUGAAUAAAUUGAGAAAAAAAACUCAAGAUAGUCCUAUACAUACUUCAGAUUUUCUAUUACGUAAAGCUUCAAGAAAACGUCAUUAUUCUACUAGAAAUGAAUGUGAUUCAGAGAGUUUUACACAUGUUAAUACAACUACAACUACUAAUAUAACUAAUAGUAGUAAUAAUAUUCGAUCACCAUAUUCAAAAGAUUUUAUGUCACAGUUAGCAGCAGUAGUAUGUGGUCCAACUGAAAAAGAAAUUAAAUCCCAACGAAAUAAUUUAAUUUAUAAUGAAUUUCAAGGAACAGUUCAACAACAUUCUGAAAAUAUUUCACAAUUUCGUAAUGAUACAUUUAUGUGGGGACAAUUGGAUAAUGAACUCCCUAUAACAAAUAACCGUAAUAAUAAUUAUAAGAAAACAAAUACUAAUCUAUCUUAUUUAUCAUCCAAUCAUAAUAUUGAUCCAUUUUUAUCAAAUUCACGUAUGUAUUCAUCAUUAAAUUUUGGACAGUCUUUAUCAACACAACAUGAAAUGAAUAUAGAUAGUGUAAAGAUGAAAUCUGAUCUAUUGAAUUUAAAUCGCUCUUAUGAAUUACAUAACAAUGUAAUUAGUAAUAAUAAUAGUAAUCCAUAUGUUAAUUUACAUCACCAACAACAUGAAGAACAAAUGGAUCAUUUACAACAUUCAUCAUCGCAAUAUGCAUUGAAUGAAUAUACUCAAAAUUUAUUUCAUGCAAAUGAUUUUUUAAUGGAAACUCAAAAAAAUUUUGGAUUAAUAAAACAUCCUUAUUAUCAUACUCAACAACAACAACAACAACAACGUCAAGGAUCAUAUUGUUUCUUACCAUCAUCACAUCAAUAUCAUUCCGAUAGCCAACAACCUCAAGAAUCUCAACAUUUUCAACGGCAACAAAUGAAUUCCUCUCCAAAAUUAUAUAAUAAUUUAUAUUCACUUGAGACAAAUCUUUUAUAUCCAUGUAAUGAUAAUAAUAAUAAUAGUACUAAUUCACAAUCUAUACAUAAUUUACAACAGCAUCAAAAACAUUUAACAUCAGAGAAUUUACUAACACAACAAUCACAACAACAUUCAGUCUAUUCAGAAACUAGUCAUCAGUCGAAUUCAACUGAUUCUGACUUAGAAAAUAGUAGUAUUUUAUUUAAAACUAAUUUAUCAGCAAAUAAUUCAUUUAUAAAUAAUAAUAAUAAUAAUAAUAGUAAUAGUAAUAAUAAUAAUUCGAUUACAUCUUGCACUGGUAAUAUUCUGUCAACAAUAAAUAAUGAUCAUAAUAAUUUAUCCAUUACAAAUGUACCAGUAAUUUCUACACCGACUAUCAUGACAAGUUGUGAAACAAAUUCAUCAACAAUUUCAUUAUUCUCACAAUUGAAUGAAAAUAAAUUAAAAGAGAAUUUACAAGUGAAUGAUAAUAAUAAUAAUAAUAAUAAUAAUAAUAAUAAUAAUAAUAGUUCUACGGAUUUAUCAUUAUCAGAGACAUUAACAUGUGGAGUACAAUUUCCUGUAGCUAAUUCAUUAUCAAAUUGGCUUUCAUUAAAUAAUAGAAAUGGAAUAUCAGUUACAAAUUAUUUAGGAUGGUCAAUGUUAAAUAAUGAUAAAACAAUGAUCACAUCUAACAUAAAUAAUAAUACUGAUGAAUUAACUCAUCACUCAUUAGACAAGAACAAUAAUACUAAUAAUAAUCAGACAGAUAGGAUAAACAGUAUUGAUCGUAUACCAUCAACGGUACAUCAUCAAAUGAAAUGUUGUGAGAAUUUUGAUAAUAUUCCCUUAUCGAACAAUAAUAAUAAUGAUGAUAAUAGUAGUAGUAGUUUUCUUAAUAACGAUAACGAGAAAGAUACCAGUAAUCAAUGUACAUUCACAAAAAAUAAAAUAAAAGAUCCAGUAAUUUCCCCGUAUAUUUCAAAUUGUGCAUUUUCAUAUAUUUGUAGUUCAGAUGAUGAGCAUAAAUUGCAUGAUAAAGAAGAAAAUGAUCAACGAAAUAAAAUAGUUGAAUAUAAGAAUGAUUAUAUUGACAACUACUAUUCAUCAUCAUCUUCUACAAUAAUAGAUUGUGUUAAUGAUUCUUCAACUUUAUGCUCAAUGAUAAAUAAUUCAGUUAUUCAUGGAAAUAUUAACAAGACUAAUGCCGGUACUACUUCUCUUUCGGUUACAACUACUACUAUUACUACUAAUGCUAAUAAUGAUGAUAAUAAUAAUAAUAAUGAUAAAUAGCAUAUGUAACACUUUACAAGUUAAAUAAUUCAAUUUCUAAUCUAUUUUUUCAUACUUCCAUUAUAAUUCUCUUCUACUGAAGAUUAUUUAUUUACGUAAUUCAUUUGUCCAUUUGAUUAUCUCCGAUCCCUCUCCCCGGUGUACAUAAAUAUAUUCAUUGUUUUAUCAGCUCUUAUUUUCGGUUCUAAUUUAUAUGAAAAAAUAUAUAUGAAAGAUUUUAAUUGUGCCAAAAAGCUCAUAGAAUAAUUUUCCUACAAAGUCAAACUUCACUCAUUGACAGUAUUGUUUUUUUUCGAAUACUUUUAUUAUGACCAUCAUGUUAAGUCUCAUGUUAAGUCGCUAACGUAAAAUAAACCAAACACAC